AUGGAACUUGCAUCUUUGACAUUGGACCUGCGCCGUGCGCCAAACAAUCCAGAAGUUUCUGGAGGCCAGUGCAUGCGCGCCGCCAUCAUUCAACCUGGAACCCCAACCAGUCAGUUGGUCUUGCCUGUCUUGCCAUCUGGUGGCAAGCCAGAAACAAAUAAGGAUACAUUCUAUGCUGAAAUCACCAUCAGGGAUGCCUCAACGUGCACGUCUGCAUGGAGCUGUGCUUCAAAUUUGUUUGAUUCUGCAAAACAGAUUUGCUUUGGUGGACCACCAGGAAUGAACCUAGCUUGUGAUGGUGACAUUGGAGGCCCAUUGGUGAUUGGAAAAGGUUCAUCUGCCAUUCUGGUGGGCAUUAUUUCCUUCACUGACGACACAGAUCACCCAAUAUGUGAUACGUGUAUUUCACUUACAACCACCCCAACCACCACCACCUCUACAGCACUGCCAACCACCACCACCACUGCGGCAGUGCCAACCACAACUACAUAUGUGCCAACUACCACCACCCCUACAGCUGUACCAACCACCACCACCACUGCAGCAGUGCCAACUACCAGCACUACAGAUGUGCCAACCACCAACACCACAACAACAAUGCCAGCAGUGCCAACAACCAUGAUGAAGACUUCAUCAACUUCCAUGGCAACCACAGCAAUCAGUGGAACAAGUACAGCCAAAUCUUCACCAACCUCAACACCUUUGACAUCCAGAAAAACUGACCCAGCAGUUCCAGGACAAGAACCAAGUAAAACUGGUGCAAUGACUUCCUGUCUGAGCUGGCUGUGGAACCAACUGGUCUGGAAAACAUCAGAGAGGGUGACCCCUGCUGCUGCCAGAGUUAAACGUUCCCCACGUCAGGCAAGCUAUGGUCCGACUUGUUGCACCAAUAAGCCAGCAGUUGCAACCAGGGUCACUGCUUAUCUGGAAUGGAUAGAAAUAGCCAAAGCAGCUCUUGUGGAGAAAUCCACUAUCUCUUUCAAGAAUGGCAUUCCUUUGACUGGCUGUGUUAUUGGGGCUGUUGGCCAUGGUGUUGGUUGGAUAGAGGCUGAUUGCCACAUCAAGGGGCUGGAGUGCAGCAACUUCUGUGGAGACAUUGAGCAAGCAGUGGCUUUCAGACAGGAGGCAACAUUCAUUGCCCAGUUGCUGUUGUUGGACUGCAUGCCCCAUGCUGGACUGCAGAGGGUGAAUGUGGAGUGUCUGGUGAUGUGUAUUGGAUGUCAAGAAGGCAUGGACCAGUUGGUUGUGCCAUGGUGGCUACACAAAAAUUAUUCAACUGUGGUGACAUUAACUACUACCACCACUGAGCCUCCUGUGGAGAUCUCUCAGUGCCUGUUGUCACCAGGGUGCCAUGGACCAUGGUGCCUUUGGCUUCUGCUGUGGCCCUGUGAUUGGGUGGCCCAUCUUGAGGCCAAUUUUGACCCAUGGACUGCUGUUGAAAUUUUGGUAAUGGUACUGGCCAGAGCUGGAGCCAGGCAGAGCUGGAGCCACAUCUGUGGUUGGUCAAGUUUGUCAGAGCCAAAUGGUCAUCCAUUGAAACCUGCUGAACCAGAUGGACCAAAGGAUGCAGAAUUAGUGCUUUCAGAGGGAGAACAGCACUCCAAAAGUGGAGGAUCUCUUGAGACUGGACAAGUAGGACGAUCUCCUGGGGACAAAUCCCUUUAG